GCGGGAGACGCGGGGCGGCUGGAGCUUGGAGAGGGCCCCGGGUUGAGUCACCGGGUGCUUGGCCCUCAGGUGCCGGCGAGAGGCCCGAGUUUGGUUGCAGAACCGAACUGCCUCGAGAUACCCGCCCGUUGGCCGGCCUAAGCUGCAGCAGGACGCGGGGCAGAUCCCACACUCAUCCCCAGACCGUCCAGGCGGAGAGAUACCGAGUGUAGAUACCCAUUUCUUGCAAUGCUAUAAGCAGACGAGGGACCGGCCCCAGGAUCCAGAUGCUCACAAAGGAUCACCCCCUCCUCCUAUCCAUUCAUUUUGUUUCAUUCCAUAGUCAACACGGCUCACUGAUGGGCAGGGGCCGCGGGGUUCAUUGAUAGGCAGGGGCCUACCACAGUCGGUAGGGAAAUGGGCCCCUGACUGACAGCCUCCACGCUGGGCCACAAACACUGUCCCAGCGCUAUCAGUGGGGCAUAGCGCCAGCUGACCUGACCCUGCCUGUCUAAAUCGGGCCCACCACCACCUCCACCACCCGCCCUGCUGGCUGGGAGAGAGGAGGAUGAGAGGUGGCCGGUAUGAAGACCCUGAGAGGGGAGAUCCUCUCGCCUUUUGGAGCCAUGGCCAUGCAGAAAAUCUUUGCCCGGGAAAUCCUGGACUCCAGAGGCAACCCUACAGUGGAGGUGGACCUGCACACAGCCAAGGGCCGAUUCCGAGCAGCUGUGCCUAGCGGAGCUUCCACGGGUAUUUAUGAAGCUCUAGAACUAAGAGAUGGAGACAAAUCCCGCUACCUAGGGAAAGGAGUGCUGAAAGCUGUGGAGCACAUCAACAAGACUCUAGGCCCUGCUCUACUGGAAAAGAAACUAAGCGUUGUGGAUCAAGAAAAGCUUGAUAAAUUUAUGAUUGAGCUGGACGGGACCGAGAAUAAGUCCAAGUUUGGGGCCAAUGCCAUCCUGGGUGUGUCCUUGGCAGUGUGUAAAGCGGGAGCAGCUGAGAAGGGAGUCCCGCUCUACCGACACAUUGCAGAUCUUGCUGGGAAUCCUGAGCUCAUACUCCCAGUGCCUGCCUUCAAUGUGAUCAAUGGGGGCUCCCAUGCUGGAAACAAGCUGGCCAUGCAGGAGUUCAUGAUUCUGCCUGUGGGAGCCAGCUCCUUCAAGGAAGCCAUGCGUAUCGGUGCUGAGGUCUACCACCACCUCAAGGGGGUCAUCAAGGCCAAGUAUGGAAAGGAUGCCACCAAUGUGGGGGACGAGGGUGGCUUUGCACCCAACAUCCUGGAGAACAAUGAGGCUCUGGAGCUGCUGAAGACAGCUAUCCAGGCAGCUGGAUACCCAGACAAGGUGGUGAUUGGCAUGGAUGUGGCAGCAUCUGAGUUUUAUCGCAAUGGGAAAUACGAUCUUGACUUCAAGUCACCCGAUGACCCUGCCAGGCACAUCACUGGGGAGAAGCUUGGAGAACUGUAUAAGAAUUUCAUCAAGAACUAUCCCGUGGUCUCCAUUGAGGACCCCUUUGACCAGGAUGAUUGGGGCACAUGGACCUCUUUCCUCUCGGGGGUGGACAUUCAGAUCGUAGGGGAUGACCUUACAGUCACCAACCCAAAGAGAAUUGCACAAGCUGUUGAGAAGAAGGCCUGUAACUGCCUACUGUUGAAGGUCAACCAGAUCGGCUCAGUAACUGAAUCCAUACAGGCCUGCAAACUGGCUCAGUCUAAUGGCUGGGGGGUGAUGGUGAGCCACCGCUCUGGGGAGACUGAGGACACAUUCAUUGCUGACCUCGUGGUGGGACUCUGCACAGGACAGAUCAAGACUGGUGCCCCCUGCCGCUCAGAGCGCCUGGCCAAAUACAACCAACUCAUGAGGAUUGAGGAGGCUCUUGGGGAUAAGGCUGUCUUCGCUGGACGAAAGUUCCGUAACCCGAAGGCCAAGUGAGAAGCCGGAGGCCCCAGGACUUGACAAGACAGACCCAGGCCUACAAACCCUUCUCCCUGAAAUAAAACUGGUGCCUAAUAA